UACACUAUUUUCAUGCCAGUGUAUUGGCGAAUCCGUUUAGAAACACCGUAAUCUUGUUGAAUAGGGGGGCAAAUCCCGUGCCACUGUACAUAAUAGUUUAUAAUCUAGAAUAUGUAUGCAAACAGCAUCUGUUAGUCUAGAGGAUCUUAUAUUCAUACUAUAGAGAGUAUCUCUAUUACUCUCUCACAUAUUUUGCGGGCAAAAGUUGUGCUUCCGUAUUCUAACCUAACCUAACUUGAACCUAAAUCUACCUUUCGUGAUCUACCUGUAUCUUGAUCAUAAGCUUCUGACUUAUAACAAAUUCCGAAAACUUUCUUAAUUGUAUUUGCGCACUGCAACCCCAUAUCUCUCGAUAUGACCUUGUAUCACUUUGGCAAUUGUUUGGCUCUAGUUUACGUCCCAUAUUAUCUGACCUACAAGUACUCCGGCCUGUCAGAAUAUGGAGCAUUUUGGAAAUGCAUUCAAGCAGGUGGCAUUUACAUCUUCACACAGCUAGUCAAAAUGUUAGCCCUAGCCACAUUCUUUCCCACUGCAGAUUCGGUUGGGCAAGAAGGUUUUGACAUUGUCGGAGAGUUUUUGAAGUCUACAAUAGACCUGGCGGAUCUAGUCGGAAUACUCCUAGUACUUAACGGAAUACCUGGCAAAGGUCAUGCUAAGGUUUUAACUGCUGGUAUAGGAUGGGCCGGUGCCGAGGUAUUGCUGACUAGAUUUUUACUGCUAUGGGUUGGAGCUCGAGGAGCAGAGUUUGACUGGAAAUACAUUCAGAAGAGUCUCGAAUCAAAUAUAAGCUUGGUUCAACACAUUACAACCGCAACCUUAGUCUGGUUGUGGUCACGGCACGAUUUGAGGCGAGGUCUUGUGCCAGUCGUAGUGAGCAUGCUUUUAUUGACAGUUUAUAGAUCGCUGAUAUUAGAUUUUUUGAGCUCACUUCUGCUGGCUGGACCCUGGUCAUCUCUUUUCAUCAAAGCUGUUACAACUUUGUUCAUGGGGGCGACUACUCUGCACAUGUAUGCAGGACUUGCUCAAUCAAUUGGAAUAUUCUAAAAAUUUGUUGAACGGGUACAACACAAGACUAGCCGGUGUGUGAGCAAAAACACGAUCAACGUGGAAAGAGUUCACAAAAAAAUCUCAGAUAGAAUGUGACACUAAAAUUUGAAGCACCAUUAUUGUGUAAGCUUACAGAUUCCAAUGUUUUGAUAUAAAAUCGCACUAGUUGAAUACAACAACUAUAUGAAAAAAAAAACUUAGUACAUUGAUACAUAGUAUAAUAUUAACAAGUCCUAGUUUGUUACUUAUGGUAGAAUAUUGUUUAUUAUACAUGUGUCACUAUUAAUAAUAAUGUAUACCGAUUUAUUAUAUUAUGUCAUCCUUUUUCGGCUUGGCGAUCCAAGUCUGUGACUGAGGAAAGUGAGAUUUAAUUAGUCUUCAUAUAAAAGUUUCCAAGUCAAGAAUGGCGAGACUUAAAUUCGUUGAAAGUUUCAGAUACAUAUUCAUCUUAAAUUUUUUUUAGCUCAUGGGUAAGUACGUUCCCGUAAGAUGGUAGAAAAAGUCGCAAAUGUAUAAACUUGGUUACUAAUACAAUUACAACGUAUUCGGUUAUUGAAAACAACCCUUUAUUCAACUUUUCUGUAUAUCAAAACCCUAAAAACAUGUUUAUCACAAUUUUUAGGGAGAAAAAAUACAUAUAGUGGUAAAUCAACCUUAUAUAACAAUGAGAGUAUGUACUAACCCCCCCCUCGCAAAGUUCUUUUCCGAAUGUAGAGAAACAAAUAAAUAUACAUUUGAAAACUACUAUUACAUAGAUAUGCGUUUAGUGUGUACUCAAAAUCUACUCUACCGCAUUAUGUACAUUCCUAUAACAUGCACUUUCAAAUGAAAACUCUUGACAAAUGACAGUAAAAA